AGCAGCACUGCACGUCGUGGAGCGAUGGUGUUCGGACAAUCGAGACGUUAGUUUAUAAAACAGCAAAAAAGAGACACAGAAAGCAAGGACGCCAUAUCCAAAGGAGAAUAUGAGCAAGGAAGACGCGUCAUGUCGACCCGCUUCUUUGAAGUUCACCAUUGACAAUAUCCUCAACUCCAAGCCGAGUAGCAGACACUUUGACAGCUGUCAUUCAAAGACAUCGCUUGUAGUCUGUCGGGAUGGCUGUCUACAUCACCCCGGAGACAGCGAGUAUCCACGCAAAGAAGGGUCAGAUGCCAGAUUGCACGUCAUUGAUAAAGUCGGCAGAGACGGAGACCGGAGUGUGGACCCGCUGAAUGCCGUCGACAUGCGCAGCGAGAGCACGGACAGCGGCGACGAUGCGCAAAAAAAGAGCAACUUCAAGAAGAGCAAAUUGAUGACGAAAAAGAAAACGCGCACUAUAUUUUCUAAAAGACAGAUUUUCCAACUGGAAUCUACUUUUGACAUGAAACGCUAUUUGAGUAGCGCGGAGCGCGCGUGCCUGGCGAACUCUUUGCAGCUCACCGAAACUCAAGUCAAAAUCUGGUUCCAGAAUCGACGGAAUAAAUUAAAAAGACAACUCUCUACUGAACUAGAGGGACCGAAUAGCGAUUUCAGCGAUAUCGGAAAGACGGCACCGCUCCCAGCGUUAUACAAAGAGAAUAAUCUGAUUGGAAGAUGCAUGCUUCCAAUGCCUCUGCCAGUCGUGUAUCCUGGAGGUAGCGCGCCGUACUUUUAUUUCUCAAACGCCAGCAGGUAUUUCAACCUGUUUGAUGGAGAUAUAUGACUUAGAAAAGACCCUCGCACAGGGAUACUGUUUUCUUAUGUCAAAACCGACAACAUGGGCCAACUCACGUUUUCAUAAAAAGCAUUGUCGAUCUUUUGUGUGUUUUGCAGAGAACAUUGUUGAGCUAUCAGGAAAGAAGCUGGCUUAUAUUUCUAUGCAAAACUGAUGUUAUUUAUUGUAAGCUGUAUUUUAUUUUAUUUUUUAUAUUUUCUUUAAAUAUCUAACACCAUGCAUAUUCUAUCCCGUAUACUAAUGCAUCAGAGUGAGCAGCCAUACUGGCAGAAAUGCCAGUGCCAAUCAUCCUGUCUUCACGUGGCAGGGAACGAUAACACAAAUGUUUUACUGUUUACAUUAUUAUUAUUAUUAUUAUUAUUAUUAUUAUUAUUAUUAUUAUUACAUAAACACAUCUUCGCCAAAGAUAGAUUAUCGAUGCAUGUACUAUUUGUAUUUUAAAUGGGCCUCUAAUUUGAAAAUGAGCUCAAUUAUAUUUAAGUGAAUGUAUUGGUUAUUUUACCUUUU